UUUAACUGCAGCCGCAGUGGAGCUGGAGGACACAGUCGUGCGCUGGAUUGUAAAGGAGGAAGAGAGCGCAAGCCAUUCCUGAAGCCAUUCUUGAAGCCAUGGACGUCAAGCUGCUGGCGCUAGUGACUCUGCUGGCCGUGGUCAUGCAGGUUCCCACUGCAAAUGCCAAGCCCAUCAGUCUGGUGGAGCGCUGCUGGUGUCGCACCACGCUCAACACCGUCUCUCAGCGCUCCAUCAAGGAGCUCAAGUUUCUCCACACCCCCAACUGCCCCUUCCAAGUCAUUGCUAAGCUGAAGAACAACAGGGAGGUUUGCAUCAACCCUGAGACCAAGUGGUUGCAAGGAUACCUGAAGAACGCCAUCAACAAGGUGAAAAAGUCCAAGAGACGCAACACCAAGAAAGUCUAAGCUGCAGAGAAAGGGGCAUGGAGCGCACCGCCUCCGAGUCUGAACCCCCCCAGGUCAAACCUCCGUACCUCCCUGACACUGCUUUGGAUGUAUGCAAACACGCUGUACCCUACCUACCUGUCCACCUCUGUGGACCGCUUGCAGAAGCAGCACUUCACCUCCAAACCUGCACUGACCGCACCGCUGUCUCUCCCCCUGGCCCCCCAACCCAACUGGGUGAGGAGUCGUCUUCUAAAAUCCACACAAGCUCCACAUGCAGUGAUGAAACUUUGAAACAGCAGGAUGCAAACAGAAAGUGUGUUUUUUUUUUGUUGUUUUUUUUGUUUUUUUUUGGUCUCUGAACGAGGAUGAAUUGAACUAACUUUGCUUCUGUGAUUAUAAAUAGUCAGGGUUUUUAUUUUUGUUACACCUCUGUAAAGAGAAACCUCAAGCUUUCCAACUCACAAAAGCUUUGUGACUUCAUAACCUCUUGAACACUAAUAACGUCUCCAAGAGGACGCUCACGCACCGACGCAUCAGUUGCGCUUUGGUGAAAUGAAGAAGUGCUUAAUUUGCGAACGCCAAAGGGAACUCAUGCGAGGCAAACGUGUCUCCCUUUCUACUAAAAUUCACCACGUUCUCAACAAAGAUUCCCAGGUUUCCAUCUCCUCCCACACUUCUUCUUCUUCUGUCACGAAAAUCACCUGCAUGUUCUCCAUCACCAUGUACUAUAAAUUUCCCCUCUGGCCUCCAUCUUCUCCUCCUCCUUCGACGACAGAAUGCGGGUUUUCCAGACACGACCGCUGAAUUCUAGCGGCCGCUGAUGGUCAGAGGCGAGCCGGGCGUCCAUGUUUGAUGGAGCCUCGCUUCGUUUAGAGGAAUCCUCCACUGUGCUGACACCAGCCUCACGGUGCUGCUGUAUGUUCACAAAGAGGAGCCAGAGCCAUUUAUACGACUGUGUAUCACUUUUUUUUUUCUUCUUUUUUUAUGUAAGAGGGAACAUCUACUAACAACUGGGAGAUAAGAUAAAGUCUUAAGCAUUUACUGACAACGGGACUUUUGCCAGACAAAGUUGAAGCCAUGCAAGGG